AUGAGCAAUAUCCGUCAAGUUCCUGCCUACCAGCUCAUCGACGGUUCCCGACGGUGGCCAUACCUGGAUCCGGCCAUAGCCCACGAAGCUUCCAAGUACGAGCCACAAGAUGAUGACGUACUCCUGGUGACCUACCCUUCCUCCGGCACACAUUGGACGAAGCAGAUCAUCGCGCUCAUCCUUCAUCGAGGCGAGACCGCCAUGAACUACGUUGAGUUUGUCACAAGAGGCCUUUCUCUGGAAGUUUGCGGCUCCGCAAAUGUCUCGAAGCAGCCGAAACCCAGGCUCAUUCUCAGUCACUUUCAACUGCUCCGAAAUAACUUCAACGCAAAGGCCAAAUACGUGUACGUGGCCCGUAACCCUUGGGACUGCUGUGUCUCUUACUUCAAUAUGUGUCGCACUAUACCGUUUUUCAAGUUUGAAGAGGGUAGCCUCGAUGAUUUUCUUGACGCCUUUCUGACGGGCGGCCUCGGCAACGGUGACUACUUUGAGCACGUUCGCGACGCCUAUGCACGCAGGAACGAGCCCAACGUUUUCUUCUUGACAUACGAGGACCUAAAAGCGGACACUCCCGGCAUGAUCCUCAAACUAGCUUAUUUUCUGGGAGAUGAAUACGGGAAGGCGCUAGAGCAGGACGAAGACCUUUUGCGGAAAGUUUUGGAAAGAAGCAGCUUGGAGUUCAUGGGUCGCGUAUUGGAACCGAAAGCAAGCGACCUUCAAACUAUAGUAGCAAAUUUUAAGGAUGUCAAUUUCACGCCGUGCGAGCUUUCGUUUAAAGACCGGCCCAAUAAGUUUAAGACGUUUCGUAAGGGUCAGGUGAAUACCUGGAAGGAAUACUUCACAACCGAGCAAGCGCAACGCGUGCAAGCCAGGCUGCAAGAUAUAGCACCCGAGCUCUGUACAUUGUGGGACUUAGUGUGA